GCUCAAAGACAGACUUGUUGUUUCCUCAGCCUCCAGGUUGCUUUUUAAAAAUUUUCUGUAGUCAUCCUCAGCGCACACAUUCUCAUUUUUUGGGUUGCCUGGCCUUCUAGUUGAGGGAGAAAAAUGGUUGCCACCUGCUUGCACCUUACUGGAUUUGUGGCGAGUUUUGUGGGCUGGAUUGGCAUGAUUGUGGCCACCUCUACCAACGACUGGGUUGUGACAUGCGGCUACACCAUCACCACCUGCAGGAAAAUGGACGAGCUGGGAUCCAAGGGACUGUGGGCAGACUGCGUCAUGGCUACAGGGCUCUAUCACUGCAAGCCACUAGUGGACAUCCUCAUAUUGCCAGGGUAUGUCCAGGCAUGUCGAGCACUGAUGAUCGCGGCCUCAGUUUUGGGACUCCCCGCUGUGUUUCUCCUGGUAACUGUCCUGCCUUGUAUUCGGAUGGGCCAUGAACCUGGAGUGGCCAAAUAUCGGCGGUCCCAGCUGGGAGGAAUCUUGCUGAUCCUCUUGGCACUGUGUGGUGUCGUGGCUACGAUUUGGUUCCCCGUGAGUGCUCAUCGUGAAACAAUGAUCAUGAGCUUUGGAUACUCCCUCUACACAGGCUGGAUCGGUUCUGCGCUUUGCCUUUUUGGUGGGUGCAUCAUUGUCUGCUGCUCGGGUGACGCUCAAUCAUUUGGUGAAAACCGUUUCUACUAUGCCUCGGGAUCCAGUUCUCCCAGCCACGCUAAAAGCGCCCAUGUAUAAAACACUCUGGAGACGUCAUACCUUCAUCGAGUGCUUUGAAACGGGUCGAUGGGUUUUUCUCUCUGUGUUGAAUUUGCUUACAUCUUCACGCACAACAUGACCAUAACCCUGGAAGAAGAGUUGCAGAAAUAGCCCGAGUAUCUGCUAUUUUAAAAGUACGAACCCCAUAUGACUUCCUUAAUAGACCAGAUCUGUCUCUGAAUAUGUUCAAGCGUCCACACUUCUGUACUCACGAUUACUAUUGAAAAGGAUUAACUGGUCUGGUCUUUCUCUAUGCUUUCUCUUUUUUCUCUCUCUCUCUCUUUUGGAAAGCAAGCUAACAAAUACAGAUGGUUUUGAAUUGUCUGCAUGAUUAGUUAUUUUCCAACAUAAGUUACCAACUCUUCUUUCCCUCACCCCAUUUCAAGGCCAUUUUGGGGAGUGGAAAAGUUACGAUGAAACAGGGAGGGAAAUGUUGUAUUGUUCCAUCUGCACAAAUGUUUCCAUUUUUAUGAGAUUAGAGGGGGUUCUUUUUCCUUUCUCUGUACACUUUUUAAAGGAAUUUUAUCACUUUAGUAACAGUGUUUUCGUCUAAAUGCAUCAGUAUGAAGGAGGCACAGCCAAAUGUUUCUAAUGACAAGGUAAAUAACAGAACAUUUGUACAUAUUCCUAAGCAUAUGUGAUGGGGCUAAUCCCCAGACCAUCUCUCCCACUUUUUUUUGUACAGGUUUGUUGCUAAAAUGUACUUUCCCCCUUUAAAAAAACACUUCUCCCCCCCCCCACAAUUAAUUUGUAUUCUGACAUGCACUGUUGAAGUGGAUAUCAUCUAAAGCGUACACUGUAAUCUAUCAGAUGCCAAUUCAGUAAAAUCCAAUGAAUACUGAUGACACCUUUGUUCUUUAAGUGAAAUACUGUACAAUAUACAGAAAUAAAUGUUGAAAUUA